AACCCCCUUUCCGGAUAGAAGAAGGCCACGAACAAAACCCUCGAUCUUCGUGAUCUCUGUUCGUUUGAUUCCCUCCAGUUCUCGUUUUUUCCCCAAAAUCCUGUGCUUUACGAAGAUCUCGUCUCGUUUCAGAAUUUGAAUUUAGAGCGGUACGGUGUGUGCUCUGGUUAUGGGGAAGAAGAAGAGAGUUGUGUCUAAGAUAUGGUGUUACUAUUGCGACCGAGAAUUCGAUGACGAAAAGAUAUUGGUGCAGCAUCAGAAGGCCGAACACUUCAAGUGCCAUGUCUGUCACGAGAAGCUUUCUACUGCCGGCGGUAUGGUCAUCCACGUUCUUCACGUCCACAAAGAGUCAGUCACCAAAGUUCCUAAUGCAAAACCAGGUAGAGAAGCAACAGAUAUUGAAAUAUAUGGAAUGCAAGGAAUUCCUCCUGAUGUCUUGGCAGCACACUAUGGAGAGGACGACAUUGUUGACAAAUUGAAGAUACCAAUGGCAAGUGUCAUUACGAAGUUCUUCAUUGCAUCAUUGUUUAUGUGGAUAACUCCUAUCGCAUUGUUAUAUGGUUUUAACCAUAAUUUGAUUCCUGGUUCAACACAAUUAAAUCCGCAUUCUCUUACACUCUUGAGUGGAUUCCUUGCUGUCAUAUCAGUCAACGUUGUCAUUGCUAUUUAUAUUAUAAUGGCAAUGAAAGAACCUUCUAGUAAACAUGAACCGGAUCCUGCAUUUCUUGUCGAAGCAAAAGCUAGUAUAAACCAAUCUAAUGGGAAAUUAAAUGAACCCUCACAAGCUCACAAUAAGAAGGAAGAAUAGGCCAUGAGAGAGGGAGGCUUUGAUUAGGAACAAUCUCAAGGCUAAUCUCCCAGUAUUUUUUAUGAUAAUUAGUCUCAUGUGUGGUCAGAUUGUCUGCUUGUCAAUUGAGACUUGGGAAGAAAGAAAGUUCUGUUUCUUCACUUGUUUUGUUUUGUGAAUAUGGACUGCAUUUAGAUUUGAUACUUUUGUUCCACUGGUGAUGUUCUUCACUAUUUGCUAUGAACUCUUUGCUUCUACUGUCAUAACGUGUAGAGAUGUAAUAGCCUUUGGGGAGAAUUAAAAGAAAAUUUAGAUUAUUGUA